UGCACUCGAGUUGUUGAAGAGAGAGAAAAGAUGGAAGCUCAGGUAGUGUUCGGUAGAGCAAGUCCACCAUGCCUCUCAUCAUCUCUUCUAAGCUCACAAACUCGGAGAACUUGUUGCAGCUUAUCCUACACUCACUGCCAUAUCCAACGCACCAAACACCACCUCCACUUAGCUGCAUUCCACUCAAAGCCCCAUCUUUUCUCAUAUUCCCCAUCUCGUCCCCAUGCCAAAACCCUCUCUCACAAAACCCAUAUCUUCUUGCCCCACUUGGUUGCUUCCAUGGAACAAGUUGAAGAGACUUAUAUAAUGGUGAAACCUGAUGCUGUGCAACGUGGACUUGUUGGAGAGAUUAUUUCAAGGUUUGAGAAGAAGGGAUUUAAAUUGACUGGCUUGAAGCUCUUCGAGUGCCCAAAAGAAUUAGCAGAGGAGCAUUAUAAGGAUCUCAAGUCUAAAUCAUUCUUCCCUAAGCUGAUUGAUUACAUUACUUCUGGUCCAGUUGUGUGCAUGGCUUGGGAGGGUGUUGGUGUUGUUGCAUCUGCACGGAAGCUUAUAGGGUCUACAGAUCCUCUUCAAGCUGACCCUGGCACAAUAAGAGGAGACCUUGCUGUUCAAACCGGAAGGAAUGUGGUUCAUGGAAGUGACAGCCCUGAGAAUGGCAAGCGUGAAAUAGCUCUUUGGUUCAAAGAAGGUGAACUAUGUCAGUGGACACCAGCUCAGGCACCAUGGCUUAGGGAGUGAGCUUUCACUUAGUUCUCAUUUCUACAACCUGUGCAUUUUUUAAGAAACUCUUCUUUGCACCUGUACUUCUAGUGUCAAAUGAUUCAUUUGUGACUCAAAACAAUUUAUGGAAUUUCCAUGUUACAGCUGAGACCAUGCAGAAAAUUUCAUCAUACUUCA